AGGUCUGUAAGUCAGCUGAUGUUGCCGGCGCCCCAGCUCGUUGAUAUCUCCGGUGUGUGGACUGCUCCGGACUUAGGCACUAGGAAACCCUGCGAAAGAAGAUGAAGAAAACCAGAGAAAGAGUCUACAACAGAGAGAGGGAAUUUGUGUAUAAAUUCAAAGUAGGAACUCAAUGCUUAGAACUGAGGGUACCUCUCAAAUUUCCUGUUCAAGAGAAUGCGAGUCAUCUACAUGGACGUCUGAUGCUGCUGCACAGUUUACCAUGCUUUAUAGAAAAAGACUUAAAAGAAGCUCUGAGCCAGUUUAUAGAAGAAGAAUCCCUCAGAGAUUAUGAUAGAGAUGCUGAAGCAUCCCUGGAAGUUGUGAAAUCAGGUGAAGUUGAUUUACAUCAGCUGGCCAGUACGUGGGCCAAAGCUUAUGCUGAGACCACAUUAGAGCAUGCAAGGCCUGAAGAGCCCAGCUGGGAUGAAGAUUUUGCAGAUGUAUACCAUGACCUAAUCCAUUCUCCGGCCUCUGAAACUCUUCUAAAUUUGGAACAUAAUUACUUUGUUAGUAUCUCAGAACUGAUUGGUGAAAGAGACGUGGAGCUGAAAAAGUUACGAGAGAGACAAGGUAUUGAAAUGGAAAAAGUGAUGCAGGAAUUGGGGAAAUCACUGACAGAUCAAGAUGUAAAUUCACUGGCUGCUCAGCAUUUUGAAUCCCAGCAAGACUUAGAAAAUAAAUGGUCAAAUGAAUUAAAACAAUCAACUGCCAUCCAAAAACAAGAAUAUCAGGAAUGGGUGAUAAAACUUCAUCAAGACCUAAAAAACCCCAACAACAGCUCCCUCAGUGAGGAAAUUAAAGUUCAACCGAGUCAGUUCAGAGAAUCCGUAGAAGCAAAUGGAAGGAUUUAUGAGGAGCAGAGAAAGUUGGAAGAAAGUUUUACCAUUCACUUAGGAGCCCAGUUGAAGACCAUGCAUAAUUUGAGAUUGCUGAGAGCAGAUAUGCUGGACUUCUGUAAGCACAAAAGAAAUCACCGAAGUGGCGUGAAACUCCAUCGACUCCAGACUGCACUGUCACUUUAUUCCACCUCUCUCUGUGGCCUGGUUUUACUUGUAGACAAUCGAAUCAAUUCAUAUAGUGGUAUUAAAAGAGAUUUUGCCACAGUUUGCCAAGAAUGUACUGACUUCCAUUUUCCCCGGAUCGAAGAGCAACUGGAAGUUGUCCAGCAGGUGGUACUUUAUGCUAGAACCCAACGAAGGAGUAAGUUGAAAGAAUCACAUGAUUCUGGAAACCGAAAUGGAGGAAGUGACGAUAAGGCUAAAAAUUCUGACAGGAACUAUUUAAAUAUUUUACCUGGAGAAUUUUAUAUUACACGGCAUUCUAAUCUCUCUGAAAUACAUGUUGCUUUCCACCUUUGUGUGGAUGACAAUGUGAAAUCAGGAAACAUCACUGCUCGAGAUCCUGCCAUUAUGGGACUCCGAAAUAUACUCAAGGUUUGCUGUACCCAUGACAUCACAACAAUAAGCAUACCUCUCUUGCUGGUGCAUGAUAUGUCAGAGGAAAUGACUAUACCAUGGUGCUUAAGGAGAGCAGAACUGGUGUUCAAGUGUGUCAAAGGUUUCAUGAUGGAAAUGGCUUCUUGGGAUGGAGGUGUUUCCAGGACGGUGCAGUUUCUGGUACCACAGAGUAUUUCUGAAGAAAUGUUCUAUCAACUUAGUAACAUGCUCCCCCAGAUCUUCCGAGUGUCAUCAACGCUUACUCUGACGUCCAAGCACUGAACCCUUAGAGACUGACACUCUGGCAGAAGACUGCCAAACUCUCCAGGAACCUGAGCUGUGCUGGGCUUCUGUCAAGCAAAAGAUGCCCGGAAAGAGAACUUGCAAUCCAAGCCACAAAUCAAAUCAUGAUGUAUGUCUGUGAAACCUUCCAAAAAUUCAUAUACUGUAUAGUCUAGUGAUCAGCAUUUUACUUAUAUAUUUACUCUUAAAAUGCCUUUUUGAAAGAAAUCUUUCUUUCUACUGUUAUGUCCUCUCUGUGAAUAUUAGUAAGUUAAAACAUCCUAUAUAUCAUAUCUGGACACUUGAUGUAGGAGAUUGUUGAUUACAUUUUUAUGGAGACAUUUGACUUUUCCAAAAGGUUUGAAUCCUAUCUAGUGCAAGACUUAAUCAGCCAUAUAAAUAAAAUCUUCCCUUUACCUUAUUUGCCAAGUGAAAAUUAAAAGACAUUGAGAUACACAUUUCAAGUAUGGAUUUCUCAUGAAAAUCUUUGUGGAAACACAAGCCUAUGAAACAGACAUGCUUAUUCUUUUAAAUUCUCCUGUUUGUAAAACUUGUUUUUAUUGUACUCUUUCUAAAGUUUUACAAGAGUCAGAAGAAAAAGAAAUGAGUCAGAAAAAGACUUUGGAUUCUUUACCUCUGUCUCAUCUUCUCUAUAUUAUUGACCUUGCCCUUGUCUAUUAAUAACAUUUCCAUGUGCUAGGAAAAUAGUAUGCUUAUUUGCAAGCCUAAUAGAAAGUUAGUCUAAACCAGCACCUGGCAGGAUUUUAGUGCUCAUCAACAUUAUGACAGACAACAAGGAUCGUUUUUAUUUCUCCAUCCUGCUUCCUGCAUUCUCAACUUCCUUAACCAUUCUACUUCCUGCAUUCCAUUUUUGAUAACUAUGUGCCCAUUUCUUUCUCUGCUCUGUCUUCCUUUUCUAUUGUCUUUCCUACCUGCUUAGAUGCCACGUGUCACUUAUUUCUCCCAUCUACAACAUUUUUAUAACAUCUGUAACACAUUUGCUAUGAGUAGUGGCUACAUUAAGCAAAGACAUUUACAAAAGCAAUAGUUUCCUCAAAUCCAAGUUAUAUGGAUGUUGUAACUGGCCAGUGAAAUGAAAUGGAGGACGUUUGACAUCAUGAUAAGAUGAUAUAUCUUGAUUCCAAGGAACAUAAAGCACUCUUGUUAGUAUACCUAAAGACCUAAAUGUAGUAACUUAUAGAAACUCUUCUGACACACAAAAUGCUUUCCCAUAACAUGGAAUGUGUCUUGAUUUUCUACUCAAGAAAAUGACUGCCCAAGUAGCAACGCUAAGAACACCCACUCCAGACUGUCCAUUACACACUAACAUCCUUCCACAUUUUUCAGGGAACCUGAUGAUCCCACCAAGAAAAAGGUAGGAAUUCUGCUUUUAUAGCAAAAAAUUGUGUUCCAGGCGCCACUGGUAUCACUGAGACUGAUUCUAAUGCAAAGCAAGGUAGGCAGAGGUAGAAAAUAGGGGUGUGUUAGAGCAGUAUCAAAGACUGUUUUAGUUCAUAAUAUCAAAGGUCAAAUUGGAGGUGGGUGGAGUCGGAUCAAUAAAAGGCAUUCAAAAAGAGGAACUGAGAAUCUUUCUAUUGUAGUCCUGUAACUAAGCUAAGUGGACAGCUAACAGGGGCGCAGCCAGAGGUCAGGGGGUAGGAGUAAGUGUUCAUUUAUGGAAACUUGGUGAAUGCUAAUGCCCACUUAUUCCUUUUCCACCAUAUAAUGUAGUGGCUUUCACCCCAGGACAAUUAAAGGUAAUAUUUGGCCUGUGAAAUCAAGAUAAAUAUAUUAAGUAUCCUUUUUUCACCUGUACUGUAAUUUGAUAUAUAUGGAGGUGGUUAAGAUUGGGAAAAUGCUUAUGAUGUUAUACACUACUGCUAUGAAGACAUACCAAGUCCUAAGCUAAUAACAAAUAAAUAAUUCAUAGUACUAAUUAUUGGGGAUUUUAGUGAAGCUGUGGGUGAAAGUCUGGAGUUUUGUGUUUGGAUCAGGAAACCAUGAUCUUUUUCUGAGUGUUCUAGAGAGCUUUGAGGAGAGGAGGGGUUUCAGGCACUUCCUGAGUGAUGUGAAGAAAGUACCUUAGCAGGUUGAGAAUGGAAGGGGAAUUCUAGAUCUAAGAUAAAGAUAAGAACAGAAAUAGAAUGAGGGAGGCACUGAUAAAUGGCCAGUAAGUUGAGAGAAGCUGACCACAAGAGCCUUUUAGGGGUAGGGGUGGAGGGCCUCAACACAAACAUGGGCAAGGAGUGUUCCAGUGAGCAUGAAGCUUUCUAUUUGCAUAAACAGCUAAGUAUUUCUAAGACAGAUGGACAACAUGGGCCUCAAGGCCUUAAAAAUAUGCUUUGGAAAUCACUCAGGGGCAUUGAGCCUGGUGUCUCCAUUCCAUACUGCUCUUCCCCUUCCCCAAUUUUUGUUCUCAAAGCACAAAACCAAGUAAAGCUAUAACCUCGCCAUUGAUUGUGGUCAUGUUCUCAGCACGACCAUGUGACCGGAAUGGAAGAAAUGCAUGAAUAAGAAUUUCAACAGAAACACAACUUCACUUGCCUGGGAGCUGGCAGAUCUCUUACUGGCACAGUACACACAUCAUUUGUGCCACUUUGGUUAGAUGCUGGCUCAUUCUCACAAGGAGAAAAAAUGUUCCACAAAGGAAGGAUGAACUCAUGUCAACAUUCCUGUUCUAGAGGCCCCAAGGAGAAUCAGCAGAGCUGUGUCCGAAAGAACAGAUACAACCUAGAGAGUGGAGUCUUGGCAAUUUCUCAGUUUCUAGGUGAAAACGAUUACUUUUCUGUUACUUCAUUUUCCCAUUUAGAUGAAACUGGAUUGCUUUGCUCAAAAGUAGUUACAGAAAUAGAAAUUGUUUUAUUAUGGAAUAGAACAUGUUUUACACCUGUUUACCAAAAGUGCCAUGUAUUCAGAACCACUGAGAUCACUGGGUUUUCUAUCCUUUAACCAUCAAAGAACCUUUCCAUUAGCUCUCCCAUAUUUCUCUGAAAUGUUUUGAAAAUGUUUACUUCGCAAACAAAGUCAUCUGAGCAGUAGUCUUUGUUGUCGUAACAGACAUAUCUGUGGAGCUGAGUGAUAGUAUUAGCAAGCAACACAUAGUGUUCCCACAUAGGUAUCAUUGUAUAAUUCCCAUACAUACUUUUUUACAUAGAAUACAUAGAAUUAUCAUGUAGUUCCAGGCAAAUUCACAAAAACAAAAAACAAAACAAAAAAACCUUGCUGUUUUAUUUAACCUGUAAGGUCUCAUCCCAGUGAAAUGUAUUUUGGAGAGGUUUUUUGUUUUUUGUUUUUUGUUUUAUAGCUCAAUAACAUCACAAAGGACCACUAAUUCCAAGAACCUCAAGCUGAGAACCACAACUUUGGGCAGAAAUAUUUACAUGAGUGCAUUGCAAAGGGAGAGCAGAGAUAAGGACAACAUGAGUGACAGAUUGACCCAAGAAUCCCAUUCAAUAAAUGCCAAGUGUUUACUGAGUUUCUCCCAUACACAAAGGCAUGGUGCUAAGCAGGAUUCAGCCUCUAGAAGGCUAUACAAAGGCUGUGGGACUUGAGGAACUAUUUGAUUAAGGUAAUAAGACUUUGCAAGCUUUUCUGUGAUCCGUGAUGAUGCCUAUGACCAAGCCGAAAUGGAUGAAGCUGAAGGGAUGAGUAGCCUCCUGAAAUGACCUACAGAACUAAGAAUACCGGCUCAUGUCCUUUCAGUAUACACAGCUAGUUAGUGCAGUACAAUCCAGAUCUCUCCUGCUGUCCUUUUCCUGAUCUAUCUAAAUGUAAGAUUUGGCUGAAUUUCAUGCCACUCAUCGUUAAUCAUGGAUUCUAUAUGAUUUCACCUGCUUGCUCAAAUUUGUAACUCUAAAAUUAAUAACAGCACUUGCCAAGGCACAUAGUCAUUUACAAAAACAAUGGUUUUUAUCAAAUCCAAGUCGUGGCUGCUGUAACUGGCCCACACAAUGAAAGGGAGAACCUUCGGCAGCACUUGAGCAGCACUCGAGUGAAAAAUUCGAGUAGACACACACCUUCCCAGCCGAGAGGAACAAGGCCACUAACGCUCUGCCUUCUGGUGUCAGCUCUCAUUACGUAAACAAGUGUCCUUUUCAUGGUCUAUUUAGUGUCAUGUUUUUCACACCUUUAUGCAUUUUGUUGCUGAUUUUGCUGUUCAGUGGCCCCCAAGUGCAGUGCUGAAGUGCUAUCUAGUGUUCCCAAGCCUAAAAAGGUUGUGAUGUACCUAAUGGAGGAAAUGUGUGUGUUCCAUAAGCUUUGUCCAGGCAUAAGCUACAACACUGUUGGUCGUGAGUUCAUUGUUAAUGCAUCAAUAAUCUAUAUUAAAUAAGGUGUCUUUAAAAAGAAA